AUGCGUGGCUGUGUAGGCCCCCUUAGCCGUGUACAAACACUACUUACAGACACACUCCACACACCAAUACAAAUUAUAGAGACACUCUACGCACCAACACUACUUACAGAGACACUCCACACACCAACACUACUUAUAGAGACACUCCACGUACCAAGACUACUUACAGAGACACUCCACGCACCAAUACAACUUAUAGAGACACUCCACUCACCAACACUACUUACAGAGACACUCCACGCUCAAACACUACUUACAGAGACUUACACUCCACGCUCCACUUACACUCCACGCUCCAACACUACUUACAGAGACACUCCAUGCACCAACACUACUUACAGAGACACUCCACGCUCCAACACUAAUUAUAGAAACACUCCACACACCAACACUACUUACAGAGACACUCCACGCACCAACACUACUUACAGAGACACUCCACACACCAACACAACUUAUAGAAACACUCCACACACCAAGACUACUUACAGAGACACUCCACACACCAAUACAACUUAUAGAGACACUCCACACACCAAGACUACUUACAGAGACACUCCACGCACCAACACUACUUACAGAGACACUGCUUGGUAA